AAUUGUGCAUUAUCUUCACCAUUUUCCAUCACUCCAAAACAAAAUCUGCACCACAAUUUCCCAGAUCUGAAAUAUCCAGGAGAGAAAGAUUGAAGCUUUGCUGUGUUCACGAGCAAGGGUGAGAGAUGUGCUGUGGGGGCAGGGUGUGCAUGUUAUGCACGUGCUUGAUUCUGGUGGUGAUUGCGAUCGGGUUGAUGUUCGGGUUCGGAGUGUUCAAGCAUGGGUUCCACAAGCUGAAGGACACCGUCAGUUAUUGCGGUUCUUGCGGCGACGCCGGAGGAAGAAGGCCCUUCUUGGGUUACGCACCGCCGCCAUUGUUCUAGUUUAGGAAUCUCUUCGUAUUCUCUUGUUCGAUUCCGUUCUUGUUUAUUUUUUUCUGGAGAUUUGUUUGUUUUUAAUGCUUUUUUUUAAUAAAUUAUUUGUUAGAAUUGGUCUCUGUAAUUACCACUGUUUCUUGGGAUUCAUGAAUAUUUU